CGAAGCCGUGUCUGCCACAUCCUAUUUCCUCUGAGGCUGGUGCAAGAAUAAACUAACAUUUGUUCGGGAGAAGAGUGGUCUUUAGUGGUCAAACAAACGAACAAACUUGUGCAAAUUAAUUAAACAAGUUGCUGAAGUUCUUAUCAAGUCUCAAUCUGUCCGCAGCUUUCCUCAAUUUUAUAAUCUGGUCGUCAAAUUUUGUUGGGAUUUUGUGACUUUUUUGGGAGUUAAAAGAGCGAAAGAAGAUGCAAAGAGUUCGAGUUUCCUCACACCAAGCUCCGGUUCACAAGCUGGGCGAUUCUCAAAUGACACUGUCCCCAAAAUUUAGGUUAGCUGCAAUACAAUCAGCUCUGCUUGAUCCUUCUUUGGAUUUAGAAUUGUCGCUUAAUGGGGAGUCUCUGAUUCCGGGACUUCCCGAUGAUGUGGCUCUCAAUUGUCUCCUUCGGGUUCCAGUAGAUGAGCACAGAAGCUGCAGGGCUGUUUGCAAGCGUUGGCAUUCACUGUUUGGCAGUAAGGAGCGAUUCUUCUCGCGCAGAAAGGAGCUCGGUUUUCAUGAGCCCUGGCUUUUUGUCUUUGCCUUCCACAAAUGCACUGGAAGAAUUCAGUGGCAGGUCCUUGAUCUGACGCACUUUUCUUGGCACACUAUCCCCGCCAUGCCUUGCAAAGACAAGGUCUGUCCCCAUGGAUUUAGGUGUGUUUCCAUUCCUGGUGAUGGUGUUCUGUUCGUCUGUGGUGGCGUGGUGUCUGAUGUGGAUUGCCCUCUCAAUUUGGUAUUGAAAUAUGAAAUACGGAAAAAUCGCUGGACUGUGAUGAAAAAGAUGAUUACUGCAAGGUCAUUUUUUGCUAGUGGAGUGAUUGACGGCAUGGUUUAUGUGGCUGGAGGAAAUAGCACAGAUCUUUACGAACUUAAUUCUGCUGAAGUUCUGGAUCCUAGUAUAGGCUCUUGGCAUCCUGUUGCAAGUAUGGGAACCAACAUGGCCUCAUAUGAUGCUGCAGUAAUGAAUGGGAAGCUUUUUGUCACUGAAGGCUGGUUUUGGCCAUUCUAUGUUGUACCCCGUGGUCAGAUAUAUGAUCCGAGGACUAAUGUCUGGGAUAGUAUGGCUUCAGGGCUGCGAGAAGGAUGGACUGGUUCGAGUGUUGUGAUUGAUGGUCACUUAUUUGUGGUUUCAGAACAUGAAAGGACAAAACUUAAGGUUUAUGACAUGGAAAAUGAUUCUUGGGAAACUGUAGAAGGUCCUCCUUUGCCAGAGCAGAUAUGCAAGCCUUUUUCUGUCAACUGCUAUGGUUUCAGGAUCUUUGUUGUUGGUCGCAACCUUCAUGUUGCUGUGGGUCAUAUCUUUCGGCAGUAUGGAAGAUACUCUUCUGAGGAAAAAAGCAGUUUUUCUGUUCAAUGGGUAGUAGUAGAUGCACCUGAAACUCUUUCUGACUUGACACCUUCGAGUGCACAGGUUCUGCUUGCUUAGCUCCGCAGGUUCUUUGUUAUUGCCUUGUAUAUUGUGUUGAAUUUUGUUGUAAAUCUAUGAAAUGAUCAAAAGCUUUUGAUUAAAAGAAAAGCGUGGAUAGUUUCUUAAGUUAUCUGAUGUAAUCACUGACUCACUUUUUAUUGUUAAAGUUUAUCUGUAGUGCUAUUUGCAAUUUUGUUCUGUCAA